CAGCUAUAUUGACAGGGACUUGCACUGUAUGUGGAGAUAUAGCUCAUCAUCAUAUUCAUUAUGGAGCAGUUUGCUGCUACUCUUGCAGGGCAGUUGUUUGAUAUAUUCCAAUGUUAAGCACUUUGCAACCAGCUAAAGGGCUUUCUUCCGUAGAGUUGUUAACACGAGGAAUAGGAUCACCUGCUUGCAUGCUAACAAGUGCAAAAUUACAACCAAGACUAGAACACUGUGUAAGAAGUGCAGAUAUGAUAGUUGUUUGAAGGCAGGAAUGCAACCAAAUCUUGUUGAUGCUACAGCAAGAAAGAAAUUGAAGGAAGAUGAGAAGACUAUGUCCCAUCACCCUGUUUGGAUGCAUAGAAUCAAUCCAGAAUUUCCCAUUACUCCUCAACCAGACGGAUUCCCAACUCAGAAAUUACAUUUUCCACCCCAAGAAGUAUUUCAGCAUCAAGCGUUUACUUCAAACAAAACUGGAAGUGUACAAACUGCAUACUUACCUUUGGACACAGCAAUUCCUCAAGAAAUUCCUCAUCCAAACAUUCAACCCUCAAACUCUAAAUUCUUAUUGUCAUCAAAUUCUCCAGCGUCAUUUCCUAAACCAAUAACAAUGUUUAAUAACUCUGGAAACCAAUUUAAUGCUGAAAAAGAUUUUCUAGGAAUCUUCAUCCAAAGCUCGAAAAUGUCAAGGACUCAGCUGGAUUUGUAUCAUCAAGUUUCCCUUCUGACAGAACAAAAGAAACAAAUUGAGCAGGCCCUGGAACACUGUAACAUCUCUUUGUGCACUUUCCAGCCGAACAAACACGAGCAGUCCUCCGGUAAAGUUUACCAUGAGCAGUCCUCCGGUAAAGUUUGCCACGAGAAGUCCCCCGGUAAAGUUUACCACGAGCAGUCCUCCAGUAAAGUUUACAACGAGCAGUCCUCCGGUAAAAUUUACCACGAGCAGUCCUCCGGUAAAGCUUACCAAAACCAAUCAACUUUUCCUAGACCAUAUCCACUUGUUUUAAACAAAUAUAAAUCAAACUUAAAGAAAAUCAAUCCUUUUCAAGUAUCCAAUCAUGGAGAACGCUAUAAGUUUGUUAAUUCAGACAGAGAUAUGAGAUUCAAAAAAACUUUUCGACAAAACAUGGUUCACGCUCCAUUUUUCUCUGGUAGGAAAACAACAUGGAUUCCACAAACAAGAAUGAUUCAGUCCAGAAAUCUUGCCUUUAUUGAUUCUAACAGAUAUUAUACAGACAUACAACAAUCACAUCACAGAAACUUGCAACAGACACAAACACCGAAGUCCUCAUAUUUCAGAAAUGCAAGACAAGAACUGGUGAACGUGGCUGUGCCAGAAUUAUCCUCCUGUAACUGCAGAUUAAUAGAUUCUUCAAUGCAAAAUACUGAAGUAGGACAAUGCUUCAAUCCCAACGAAAUAAACGCUAGUCAUUUUCAACAACAAAAAUCAACUUUAUGUUCCCCAGACGAUAUUAAUACUCAUCUGAAUAAUGAAACUCAAGACAUUGAAUUUCUGCCUACACAGAAUCAUAAGGAAAUACUUGAAGACUCUAGUUUAGACAUUCUUAUUAGCGCUGUUGAAGACACCUUCCAAAAUAGCAUGGAUGACAAGCUUGAUGAUUAUUCUGAAGUAGUUGAGGAUGAAAGUGAGGUUGAGGAUUACAGUGAUAGUUCUGAGGACGGAGUGAUGUCAACAUCAAGAGCAUGUAUUUCUGCUAUUCCUUUUAAGAAGCGAAAGCACACAGAAAGAUAUCCCAAAUCAAGGUUUAUAGAUGCAAGCAAAAUUCCUAUAUUUGAUUUGACUUUAGAAGAGGAGUUUAGAAUAUUUGACAUCAGUUUUAGAAGAGACCUCACCUGGAAAAGCUACAUAAAAAGUAUGAAGGAAACCGUCCCAAAUUUUGAAAGUUUUAAAACAAACAUAUUUCUUAGUGCCUUUGGUUGGAACCGUGUUGUAACUAAACCUGAGGAUUGGUCAACUUGGACAUUUUCUGCUGUGAAAAAUCAUGUGAAGAGUGCCGAGUUAUUUGAUGAAAUAUCUGAGCUACCUUCUCAUAUUUGGGACAAAAUCAAGGUGGAGAACACUAAAACCUGGUCUACAUAUUCAUGGGCUCUCUGCUGGGCAAAUGUAGACUCGGAGAAUUUGAUUGAACAAGAAUCAAAGGCUGGGUUUUGGAGCCAAGAAUUACAGGUUAUUUAUGACAAACUGUUUCCAAACAAUCCUGCAGCUGUGAAAAGUUUGAAGAUGGAAGAUUGGGAUGUUUUCACUUCUCCCUGGGCGUCCUCUGCAGAAGAUGAAGAGAUGUUCAAAAACACGAUGGUCAAAGCUGGGUCAAUGACCGGAAAGGAUAGGCUUCUCUCAACGUUAUACGGUAUACUGAUAUACUUGACCCCCGAGGUGGAGAUCGACAUUGAGGUGCUACAGGACAAGGUUCUAAUGGCAAAAAGAAAUGAGAUUACUUGUCUAAUCUACAGGUAUCUUAGGUCUAAAUAUGGAAGCAGAGAGGGUGCUGAAAAGACUGAAGAAAUGCGGGGUUUAAUCAGUGAUCUGAGGAUUUGUAAGGAUAUCAACUUCAGCAGACGAAUUCAGAUAUCCCAGGAACCAGCUGAUAUCCUCAACCUUUUCUGUUCAGAUAUCCACGGAUCCAAUUGAUAUCCUGAACGUUUGCUGUUGAGAUAUCCAAUGCUCCAGCUAAUAUCCUGAACCUAUACUUUUCAGAUAUCCAAGAAUUCAGCUGAUAUCCUGAACCUAUACUGUUCAGAUAUCCAAGGCACCAGCUGAUAUUUUGAACAUAUACUGUUCAAAUAUUCUAUACAUCCAGCUGUUAAUAGUAUAUGGAUGAACAAUGAACAACAUGUAAAGGGUUGAACAUAAGGGAUGAGACUAAUGACGAUAUGACGAUCUAAAAAUCUUGAACUAAAACGAUUUAAAGUUUAUUUGGUCUUCUGCUUACAAUAUAAUCAUUUCAAGAUGUAUACUAGAUAAAGUUUAAGGUCCAAGGAACCAUAAUUGUAAGAUGAAAAACUCUAUAAUUUCCGUAAAUAAACCUAGCAAUUAACCUUAAUUAACGGUAUAUGCUUCAUUCGAAAUUAAGUCGUUUAACAAACCUAGAAGUUCUACCCCAUAAACACAAUUUUAUCAUCUUAAAUUUGUAAACGUCUUAUUUAAAUAUAAAUAUAAAUAUUUUUAAGUUGA